AUGGCCAUUAGUUCAGCCAGGUUACCACCGCCUGGAGAACUUAUGAAUGUAUCUUCUGAUCCUCAAGACCCGACGACAACCGUCAACAAGAUCUUGGUAGCGAAUAAACUUGCUGUGUGGAUGUUCGACAAGAAGCCACGCCGUGAAUUCUCAUCCAGUAGUCCUCCCGGAGCGAUGCCAAUUGAUAUACUUCCACACCCAAGUGAUGUCUAUUCAACACUUGAUGAAGAUCCUGAAGUCAAGAAAGAGAAAUGCUCCCUCAUCACAGUUGUAAAGAAAGAAGACCCUUUGGAAAAGAUCUUCAAGAGAUUCUCAUCCUUUUUUCGCCUAAAGACAUUCAUUGCAAUGUGUAUGCGACUUCAACAAAGAUUUCGCUCAAGAAAGGGGGCACAAGAUCAGAAGGCAAGACAAAGGGACGAGCUUAUAACAGUCAGCGAACUUCGACAUGCAGAACAUGAGAUACUUCGUUAUAUCCAAGGACAAGCCUUUCCCCAAGAAGCUGCAGAUCUUGCUAAAGGCACAAGUACCAGAAAGACAAGUCAGAUUCUCAAGCUGGAUCCGAUUCUAAAGGAUGGCCUGAUACGUGUUGGUGGACGUCUAAGGAAGUCCUCGUUGCCCUACAAUUCAAAGCAUCAAGUCAUUGUUCCAAAGAAUAGCUGGAUUGCCACGUUGAUCAUUAAAGAAGCGCACUUGGUGUCUGGCCACUCUGGAAGGGAAUACGUGCUAACAGCGAUCCGCCAACGCUUCUGGAUUGUUCAUGCCAAUGCCUUGACAAGGAGAUUACUCUCGUCGUGCUAUGAUUGCAGAAAGAGACACCAGAAACCCAACUCACAGAAGAUGGCUGAUCUUCCAGCAGCAAGAAUUACUCCUGAYAAGCCUCCCUUCACGAAUACUGGCAUAGACUACUUUGGACCUUUUCUGGUGAAGCUCAAGAGAUCAUUAGUUAAAAGAUWUGGCGUCAUCUUCACCUGCCUCGCYGUUCGUGCUGUGCAYAUUGAAGUUGCGUCAUCCCUCGAGACCGAUACAUUCAUUCUGGCAUUGAGAAGAUUUAUAGCAAGAAGAGGUCAAGUGAAAAGAAUCUAUUCCGAUAACGGAACAAAUCUCGCUGGUGGUGAAAGAGAGCUCCGAGAAUCCAUCAAGCUCUGGAAYAACGAGAAAAUUCAUCAGUUACUGUUGCAGAAGGAAAUUGAAUGGCAUUUYAGCCYACCUACAGCKUCGCACUUUGGUGGUACUUGGGAGAGGUGCAUACGUACCAUACGCAAGGUUUUGAACGCAAUAUCCAGYKAACAACACCUGGACGACGAAUCGUUCAUAACACUCAUGACAGAAGUAGAGUCUAUCAUUAAUGGACGCCCUCUGACCCAACCAUCAGAAGACCCUAAUGACGACGAACCACUGACACCCAAUCACCUGUUGCUUCUGAAUAGAGAGCCUUCACUCCCUCCUGGGAUAUUUGACCGUAACGACUUGUACGUAAGAAAACGAUGGAAACAAGUUCAAUUCCUUACUGACCUAUUCUGGAAAAGAUGGACCAAAGAGUACCUACACCUGCUACAACAGAGAACAAAAUGGAUGCAACCCAAGAGAAACAACCCAAGAGCCAACGACUUAGUUCUUUUGGUAGAUGAAUCAUCCCCACGCAACACCUGGCCAUUGGGUCGCGUACUCCAAGUUCAGCCUGAUCCACAAGGGUUGGUGAGACGGGUUACAGUCAAGACAGCAAAGGGUGUCUUCGAACGACCCAUACACAAGCUCUGUCUAUUGGAAGCCUACACAGACGACUGA